GAUGGGUCCAUAUGUACACAUAUUUGGGAGCAAACCUAACUUCAUCCAAACCAUUUUCAUCAGCGAACUGGGCCGCCAUACUUUCACCACGUUCAUUGGUGAUUAAUGCUUUCCCGUCGUCGCAAGCGUCAAGCUGAAGAAGAUGCAAAAAGAGACCAGGAUCAAGCAAAGUUUGAGGAACGUGCGCUUGAAACGUUGGGUGGUCCUAUCUCAACCAUGCCCGGUGCCAUCGAGCCAGGUGAAUUACUGUGGUGCAGACACUAUCAAUGGUUGAAAGAUGCUGGGUAUUUGCUUCGCCCUCGAUACUCUCCAGGGUGGGUUCCUUCAUGGCAAGGCACCAAAAAGGAUUGGAUGGACUGUGAAGAUAGCCGUGGGCCUCUGAUUCAGCACAUAUUGGAUGCAACUCGCAUAUCUGACGGAUUGUUUGUGACUUUGAAGCUAAUGAAAAAGUCUCGGCAUCCCUAUGAGAUUGAAAUCGGCCAACUAUUCUCUUCUGAAGCACUUGCCUCUGAUCCUGCCAACCAUUGUGUACCAAUCUACGACGUGCUCCAUUUACCUGACGAUGAAGACCGGGCUAUCAUAGUCAUGCCCUUACUGCGACCGUUCACCAAACCACGCUUCGAAACUUGUGGUGAGGUAGUCGAAUGCUUUCACCAACUUUUUGUGGGUCUUCAAUUCAUCCAUAGACAACGUGUCGCACAUCGCGACUGUAUGGCUCUGAACAUUAUGAUGGAUGCUACGCGUCUUUUCAUCGAUCCGUAUCAUCCCCAGGACAUUGUGAUGAGACGCGACUACCAAGGGGAAGCUAGAUGUUUCACUCGCACUCAACGCCCGCUAAAAUACUUUUUCAUCGAUUUUGGUAUAUCUCGGCGUUACGAUGCUAAUAACGUCGCGCCUCUGGAGAGUCCUAUAAAGGGAGGAGACAAGACUGUGCCCGAAUUUCAGAAGUCGAAUGAGCCUCGUAACCCGUUCCCAACAGAUGUCUACUAUCUUGGUAAUAUGAUUAGGAAUACAUUUUUGCUGACAAAGAAUGGAUUCGAAUUCAUGGAACCUUUGGUGAAUGACAUGGUACAGGAUGACCCAGCAAAGCGGCCUACUAUGGAUGAAGUCGUUGCGCGUUUUGACCAGAUUCUCAAGCAGCUCAGCGGCUGGAAAUUACGCUCACGCGUCGUUGACAAGGAGGAUGGCAAUAUCACAGGCCUUGUUCGUGGUGUUACUCAUUGGACCCGUCGCAUCGGUUAUAUUAUCAGGAGAGUGCCGGCGAUGCCAACGCCUUGAAACCCUUACGUUCUUUACCAUUAUACCUGCUCUAUCUACUUAUGGAUCUAUCCGAGGAACUGGAUUCCUGGCCUCUGUGUAGUGUACGUUAAGCGUACUUCAUGUGACCAGGAGUCGCAGCUGCAUAUGAAUGUGUUGUUGCUUUACUUCUGCAUGUGAACUCCGGCAGUCCUUAUCGUCACUCGACGAUCAAAGUCAUAAGUCCCCCUUCCCCCCUGACACUUGGCCUGUCACGAUCCUGACAAGCGGAAAAGUCUUUCCUUAUGCAUGAUCCUUGUCAACGCGUAUAGGACAAGGCGGAUCUCCCCCUAUGUGUUGAGAAAUUACCCAAACUAGCGGACAAUACCAACGGUUGAACUUAAUUCCUCAUGAGGUCUGGCAUUAGGAGACAAACCUUAGACCAAUGCUACUGGCGUGGAAUAAUAAUUGUGAUACUUAUCAACUACUUACGACUUUAGGCUGAGCAUAUGUACAUGCCCAAAUUCGUAAGCCUGUAUCCAAUUACAACAUCGCAGCAACUAUCGCUACACGUCCACAUUUACACGUAAAUUAUAUGUUGAGGAUGGGGUGGUGAUUGCCAUCCUACCCGUGCUAUGAAAUAUUCGACCUCGCUACCAUUCUUGCGUAGAGCUAGGUGCAGUUGACGGCUGUUUUGUAUAGUAGACUGUAAAGUCAACUUACAGCACAUCACAGGAUUCAGACUAGCUCCCUCCG